AAGCCCUCUGUAUUCAGUCUCCUAAGUUAGACUGUGUGUGACAGGGAUGAGGGGAUGAGCUUUGAUUCUGUAAAAUUCUGUGCCAGGAUUUCUGAGCAUGAUUUCUGAUAUAGACAGCGAGAGCGAGAGAGAAAGAAGAGAGUAUAUGUUAUGAUGGAUUUCAUUCUUGCUGCUGAUGCUUUGCACAGGGUCUAACUCAGGACCCUGAGUUAGGCUUCUCUGUUUCAUCAUCUGUGUGUGUGUGUGUGUGUACCUGGAGAUCACAGGGAUCAUGAGUUCAAAGGGGGCAAACCUGCACAACAAGCAUCAGCCAUCUGAAACGGAGAACGCUCUGAGGCUUCCGGACAUGGACGCGGCCCAGCAGCUGAGGCUCAGAGAAAGACAGUGCUUCUUCGAGGAGGCCUUCCAGCACGACGUGGACGUCUAUUUCUCCUCGGCACACUUGCAGAUAGACUACAAGAGGGCUCCCAUGAGCAGCAUUUCAUCCAUGGAGGUCAAUGUGGACAUGCUGGAGCAAAUAGACCUUUUGGACAUCUCCGAUCAGGAGGCCCUGGAUGUUUUUCUUGCCUCGACCGAGGAGGACGCAGCAUGUUCUUGUCCACUAGAAGGUCUCGGUUGCAGUAGCGACAUUGAUGCUGCACUGAGGGAAGAAAUAUCCAUGAGAGCUUCAGACACUGGUGAGCUCAAAUCACGGAUAUCCUCCACUUCCUCCACCGCCACCUCUGACAGCCAGGGGGAGGAUGGAGCAGAAACCCCUGUGGUCCAGUCAGAUGAUGAAGAUGCUCACAAUGAGGAUGAUGAUGAUGAAGAGCUUUUGAGAAAUGGGACACCUCCAGCCAACAGUGUGGGAGAAGAAUCUGAGCUGUCGUUAUGAGUGACAUCAUUACUUACUACUACUGAACCCCAGUGUUUGUGUGCUGUUAAAGACUUUCUCUGGUAGGUCACCUGGUUCUAGCCUGGUUCCAUGUACCAUAAACUUAAAACGGAUCCUAGUGCACGUAUUUCUUUGUCUGCCUCGAAAAUCUCCGUUCACCUGAACUUCUGCUGUAGAUAAAAGCGCUUGCUUGCGUAUAUGUCGUGCUUCAUCUUGUAUUGAUUUUUCAUAGCUGUAUGAUGGGAGAGUAGCAAAAUCUUUAAAGAAAAAAUUACCAUUAAUGAUGCAGAUAUUAAAAUGUACUGUUUUAAUAUGUAAGAGAAAGCUUAGUUCCUCUGCCACACAAAAUGUGCAUUACUACACUGUGCAUUACUGUCUGUCUUACUCUUCAUGCCUCAACAGUACUUUAUUAUUAUUAUUAUUAUUAUUUUUAAUAUCAAAAUAAAGGCAAAUUAAACUUUUUGGUGUUUGAAUAUAAUGCAUGUUUACCUGUAGUAUGUAUUAACUAAUGAGAGCUAAUGAAAGGCAGCGUGGAAUAUAAUUACAGAGACUAAUUAACUUCACACUGUUUGCUGUUAUUAACUACAUGCACAUGUAGUGUGGCAAAAUUGCUAUAAUAAUGCUGAUGUAAUACCCAUUUACACCUCUUUUGAAGAGAAAUAUUUUCCUCUCAGAAUUGCAUUUCUUUUGUCUUGGCAACUAUAAAUACUUUAUCUAAGUUUAUCUCACCCUAACCCUAAACCUAGCCAUUUUAUCUUUGGUCAUAAAACACUUAGCUUAAAUACUUUAUUGUAUCGUAUAUCAUUUUGCCUGGAAAAGAAUCAGAAAUGCCAAACAUUUAAGCUACAGCCACCUAAUUAUAGUUAGUUAAAUGGAGUCCUUAGGAUACUGGAUGAGGUCUCUUACUCAUAUACGAUAAUUCUCGAUCAAGACUGAAAUUACAUUAUUGAUACUAAUACUAUGAUGAAAAAAAGUGUUUCCUCAACUCCGAAAUCCUGAUUCCCCUCGUGUCUAUACUCAUGAAACAUAAUGAUCCAUGUUUAAAUUAUUCCUGUAGGAAUGUUUCAAGACACAUGAUAAAUGACAAUCCAAACAAAAGUGUGUUUUGUUAGUGAUUAAAGAGCAACAUGUCACAUUUACACCACUUACAUUUCAUGUCGUGGAACAUCCAAGUUACAAAUUUACUCCUGUCAUCAUUCAUAACAGCUAGAAAUAAUCACCGAUGCCUCUUUUCUCACCUUACCGAGUGACCACAAAUCUUUCCAUCCUGAAGACUUUCCUACGUCACAGGUAAAGUUAAAAAUGUUUGUGGCAUGUACAAAGUACACUCUAACUGCAAAAAGUGUAGUAAAUAAAAUAAAAGAAUUUCA